AAGAAAAACCUAAUUCAAAUCCCCAAUUUCGAAUCGCAUUUUCUCACACACACUCACGCACUCGCAGAAAUGGAAGAGAAGCCGAAAUCUGCAAUGGAGGCAUUCGAGAAGCUUGAGAAAGUCGGAGAAGGAACAUACGGGAAAGUGUACCGUGCGAGGGAGAAGGCCACCGGAAAGAUCGUGGCGUUGAAGAAAACGCGCCUCCAUGAAGACGAAGAAGGUGUGCCCCCGACUACUCUUCGCGAGGUUUCGUUGCUCAGAAUGCUGUCUAGAGAUCCCCAUGUGGUCAAAUUGAUGGAUGUGAAACAAGGCCAGAAUAAGGAAGGCAAGACUGUCCUAUACUUGGUGUUUGAGUACAUGGACACUGACGUCAAGAAAUUCAUCCGUAGCUUCCGCCAAACUGGGGAUAACAUUCCUAGCGAAAUUGUGAAGAGUUUAAUGUACCAGCUCUGCAAAGGUGUUGCCUUCUGCCAUGGCUCUGGUGUUUUACACAGGGAUCUUAAGCCGCACAAUCUUUUGAUGGAUCGUAAAACAAUGAUGCUUAAAAUAGCUGAUCUUGGACUAGCAAGAGCUUUCACUGUGCCAAUUAAGAAGUACACUCAUGAGAUAUUGACCCUCUGGUACAGAGCUCCCGAGGUGCUUUUGGGGGCUACCCAUUACUCCCCUGCUGUGGACAUGUGGUCUGUCGCAUGCAUAUUUGCUGAAUUGGUGACAAAUCAAGCUUUAUUUCCUGGAGACUCUGAGCUGCAGCAGCUUCUACACAUUUUCAGACUACUGGGAACUCCGAACGAAGAAAUUUGGCCUGGGGUUAGCAAGCUCGUAAACUGGCACGAGUACCCACAGUGGACUGCCAAGCCACUUUCAACAGCUGUUCCUGGUCUGGAUGAGAACGGCCUCCAUCUCUUAGGGGAAAUGCUGCACUACGAACCAUCAAGGAGGAUUUCAGCCAAGAAGGCUAUGGAACAUCCCUAUUUCGAUGGCCUUGACAAGUCCCUUCCCUGAAAACGCAGCCCCGGUUUUCGAUAUCUGGGAUUUAUCUGCUUGCUUGCUUCCCUCGAGCAUAUGUUUUGGCCAAUGCUUAUUGACAUUUGCUGAUUUUACUGAUUAGAGCAAACUCUAUGCUCUCUUUUGGUUUUCAUUACUGUAAUAGCUGUAGUUAUGACUUUUUCCUUGGGUGCUCUCUACCUAAUAUUAGUAUCUCCUAUUAACAAUGAAAUUUGCUUAAUUUGCUACUGUUUAA